AUGAGUUCCGAUCCCAAGUUCCCAUGCAGCAUGCAAGUUAAUUUCCCCUCACUCCUCCCGUUACCCUGCCAAUCAACUGCCAUCCACCUCCAUCUCCAUCAUUGCAUUAUCUCUCCAUGGCUAACACAAACAUCGCGACCCCUCAACAGACAGCUGCGCAUCCCCUUCCCUACGCCCCGCCUCGCCUCCACGGCCCUCAAGGCCCUCCAAGUCGACCCCGAACUCUCGCCCCUCGUCCAAAGACAUGUCUCCGUCGUCUCGUCCUCGUCCUCAUCCACCAGCCCCAGCUCCGGCGACCAUGCCGAGGUGCUGCUAGUAGAAUACCAGGCCACGACCAACCGCAUGCUGCGAGUCGCCGUCAACUCCUUCAUGGAAGGCCUCAAGCUGGUCUUGGAAGUCAUGGAGCAGUUGGACGUCGACGUAUUAGCUGCAGAAAAGGCAAAUCCAAUAAAGUCUCCGUGA